AAGGACCAGAAAUGAACUUCAAUUUCACAGAUCCUUACUUUAAUUAGAGGCAUUGUGGUAUUCAGAAUAUCGUGGGGUGUCAAGUCGAAUUCUCAUUGCUUACAUGCCAUGGAAUGCACCGUGAAUGAUGCAUAUGAAUUCACUAUGAGCUUGAAGUACUGUAAUAAAAAAAAUAGAACACAUCGUGAAAACUGAUUGACGAGAUUUCAGUGAAGAUCUGACAUCGUAUCGCUCAUCGUAACAUUUUCCUAGUCUGCUGCUUCGAGGGGCGCCCCUGGCAGCCAAAUGGUGAAGCUAGCACACAGCUGAAGGGCCUCCAUAUUGCAAGCGAUUGUGUACAAACAAUUGCGCUCUUGUCAGUGUGAUAUCUUGUAAGGAAGGAUACCAUCUUUACCCGAAGUCAUGUGAAACAUUCUUUGCAAUUGCGUGGACAAAGUGGUAUGGUCAGAGGCUUUUGUACUGAUCGUGUACUGUUUUAAAUGUGAAAGGGUCGAUGCCGAUAGGUUAUUGCUGACAAGUUAACGGCAUAUCAAGGUCGCAGCAAAAGAGCCCAUUUAACAAAUUUGUCAUGUCGUUGUCAAAUGUCAUCCUACUUAGCCAAAUCGCCGGCUAUGCUAUCGCGUUGAUUUUGUCAUUGUGCAUUACGGUUCCUAUGAGUUUACAUCAAGAUGAAUUCAGAGGCCAUUGCCUUCUGUUUUCUACUGGUGAGUGGAGAGAGGAUGAUGGACAGUUCCUUGUAAAGUGGGCCUCCCAGAUCUAUUGCAAUUAUGUCAUCUUCGUGGGUGUUGUUUUAUUUCUCGCAGCAGCCGUGCAAUUGUAUCGAAUGGCCAUGUUUUUGCACAAAGGAACCGACAGCUCAUUUGUGUCGGCAUUUGUGGAUGUGAUCGGCAACAUCUGGCUGUCAGUGGCCUCUUUAAUUGCUGCCCUCAUGGUCACUCUUGGUUUCCUCACAUGGUGCGAGGACAUGACUGAAAGAUUUCCUUCAAGCUGGUUGUUGCAGGUUCCAAAAGUGUGUGCCUUUGGUUACCCCAGGUGGGCUCGUGGGCUUGGAAGAUUCAAGACAAAUGGUGCUUUGUGUUACAGGUGUGAGGUGGCAGCAGGCAAGCAGAUUGACGAGAAAGAUGGCAUCGACACCACCCACUUCUAUAUUGAGAUGGGAACUGCUCAGUUUGGCACUUGGGCUUCCUUUGCCAUAUGGGUGGGGCUGUCGGUAUGCGCCCUCCUGAAGCUGUGUCGCUAUCACCAAUUGCAGAACCUUAGAGCAUCCAUGUAUCGUGAGCGCCAGAAGCUCAUCAAUGGAGGAGGACCUACAUCCUCUACAAGCACCACAAACGUACCGACGAAUGGUGAAGUUAAUGUGGAAGCAGACGAGAAAGGGCCACAGGACACAGAGUGA